UAACUGAAAGUACAGUAGCCUAAAGGUACUGCGCAGCAUCGCUGCCUUGCCUGAGAAAUACUGACAACAGCCAACCAAGAGCAUCAGAGAAGACAGUAUCAUCAUCCAUCUGUCAAGGGCAACGCCAAGCGUAAAGAAAACGACUGAAUCAUGUUCUGCUACGUUCUCAAAGAAAGCGCUGGAUUGUGAACUUGGGUAGCCAACGGAAAACGUCAGUAAAUAUUUAUCCCUCUCGUUGAAUGGCAAUUCUUCAAAAACAUGGAAAGAACUCUAGUCCAGAUUUGGUCUGUCUCAAAGAAAACCACGCUACAGAUAAAAUCGGUGCCGCUGGAUGUCAGAAGAAGGGGUCUGAACUGAAUACGAACUGGUCAAGACCACUGGCACGAAUAUGGACAGUCGUGCUGCUGUUGGGGACCUGCCUGCUGUACUGUGCCCGUGUCGCCAUGCCCAUAUGUGCGGUCAGCAUGGCAGAGCAGUUCAGCUGGAGCAAGAGGGAGACAGGCAUGGUGCUGGGCAGCUUUUUCUGGGGCUACUGCUUCACCCAAGUCAUCGGGGGUUACGUCAGUGACAGGGUGGGGGGAGAGAAGGUGAUGCUGCUGUCAGCAGCAGCCUGGGGGGCUAUGACAGCCUUUACCCCGGUCCUGGCCCGCCUCUGCAACCAGCCCAUCUUCUCCAUGACACUGGCUCGCUUCCUGAUGGGGCUGCUGCAAGGUGUGCACUACCCAUCGCUAGCCAGCCUGUGUUCUCAGAAGGUGGUGGAGAGUGAGAGGGGCUUCCUCAUGAGCACAGUUGGCAGUGGUUCCUACCUGGGAACGCUGGUGAUUGGAGCUGCUGGUUCCCUCAUGUUAGACCUGUAUGGCUGGGAGAGUGUCUUCUAUGCGUCUGGUCUGCUCUCUGUCCUUUGGGCUUACUGCAUGUGGAAAUAUCUACUCAAAGGGGAAGGACCUAUCAUCACUCUAGAGUCUCUGGGUAGCGGGGGGAUUCAGUCCAAGCUGUCCAGGAGACACUGGCUGCGCCUCUUCAAACAACCUGCUGUCUGUGCUGUUAUUGUCACCCACCUUUGCACGGCGAGCACCUUCUUUACACUGUUGUCAUGGCUUCCAACCUUCUUCAAGGAUACUUUCCCAGAAGCCAGGGGUUGGGUGUUCAACGUGGUCCCCUGGCUAGUGGCCAUCCCCUCUUCCCUCUUCAGCGGCUGUCUCUCUGACCACCUCAUCAGCCAGGGUUUUGAUACUGCUGCAGUGAGAAAGUUGAUGCAGUUCUUCUCCAUGGGUGUGUCCAGUGUGUUUACCCUCCUGCUGUGUGGCACCUCCACCUUCCCCUGGGCCAUAGCCUUCGUGUCUGCCACCAUGGGCCUAACCACCUUCAGCCACAGUGGUGUGUCGGUGAACGUUCAGGAUCUGGCUCCGUCUUGUGCUGGGGCUUUGUUUGGAGUUAUGAAUACUUGUGGUGCUUUCUCGGGAGUUCUGAUGGUAUAUUUCUCUGGAUACCUGAUUGAGACCACGGGUUCAUGGGCAACAGUGUUUGCCCUCAUCUCUGUGGUGAAUCUUCUGGGCCUCUGCACCUUCCUGGCCUUCGCCGAGGCCCGCCGGGUCGACAUCGACUCUGCCAAGGUCCGCUACCACAACAUUCACAUCUGACAGAGUCCGUCCUGGGUCAGGCCCACAACCAGCACCCUUAGACCAGAUCCUGAACUGUGGGAACAUAUGACGUGCUGUCAUACCAGAAUAUGAGAGCACACUGAAUCCUCUCGAGUGCCCUGGAAUGUUACUGAACUGCCUUUAACAUCCCCCCGGGUUAAUUCAUAACUUGAAACUAUUAUGUAAAUAUGUGUGUUACCAUCCAAAGCUGGCCCAUUGGCCUGUGAGAAAGGUGAGUGUAUUUCAGUUCUAGUCAGACCCAUGCAGAAAGUGUGUGAUCCCUUCAUGACUGCUUGAUUAUCACAGUGUUGUUCUUUAGGGACAUGGUUCUUGUUCACUCUUGAUGCUCGGCCAUUUCUGACUGUCUGGACUGAGACUUAAGUUCAGUCAUGGAAAUACUGACUGAAAGUCACAGCGUAGACAGUUUACUGUGAUCUCAUUCUCUCCACACCCAAACCACAUAGGGAGCGACACAAGUGUUAGUCCUGUCAGCUCUCUGGCAGUUGGGACAGACCAAGAUGUGAUGUAUUCAGAGGAAGGAGAAGUGUGUGUCGGAGGGGUGAGGGGGUGCGAAAGCUGUCGCACCUGGAGGGUUCUAGUCCACUGUCCACCUCUCAAUUCUAGACGGGACUUGUUUGUGACUGAAACCUAAUUACCAAGUGACUAAUUACCAGCCCCCCCUCACGUCCUGCUCAGUUCACCUGCUAUGGCCCCCAUCUCCAUAGUUACAGGUUUGUCAUCUCAUUGUGCGUCACUGGGCUUUGUUAUGGCUGCACAGCACCAGCUUCAAAACCUUCAGUUUCAGUGUCAAAUAUUUUGAAGACCAAAUUAUAUAAAGUUUCUAUUUAAUUUUGUUUAUAUUAUUUUUACAAUCAUGCAUGAUGCAUUCAAUAACAAAUACCUCACAUCAGUUUGGAUUACUUAUAUUUAUAAUAAUUAUCAAAUAGAUCUGUCAAGUCUUAUCAUAUAUAUGAGAUGAAGUGUAUGACAUGCUGUAGAAUGUAGCAAUAGCCUGAUGCUGCCCUUCCUAGCCUCCUAACCAUCUGAAGGCCAGUCUGAAAUUCUCCAGGGGUCACCUGCUUUUACUUUGCCUUUCAUCGUUGUGCCUCAUUUAAUGGAGGCCUAGCUAAAGGACAGGCAUAUAGGGAUAAAAGGCGUGUUCAAUUUAGAGAUUCUAUCAUGUUGUGGUUACUUCAUAGUCAAGACAGGAAGUGUGGUCAUUAGGGAGGAGAGACCAUAACUUCCAUAUCAAUAGGAAUGUCCCUGUUCAGUUUCUCACUGUUCUUUCCAAUGCUUCAGAUGCAAAAUAUCUCUGUAGUCUCUUACCUUCUCUACCAUCCCCAUCCAACACAAGCCCAAUACCUGACUGCUGUGGUGCACAUAACUUAUGAACACGUAUUUAAAGAUCAGUGAAGAUUAGGAAAUGCAUAUUUGUGUCAGGUCUUGGGACCUCCUAACUUGUCUAUACACUUUCAAUCCAAUGUAUUUAUGAUAGUCUUUAAUACAUGGUUAAUUGUAUGGCCUUCUGUUUCAUCAGUACCAGAUUAUUCUAGAUAUGUAUUAUGUCAAUUUUCUUACUGUACCAUUUGAGCUGUUCAUGUGUUUUCAGUGAAGUCAGAGCACAUUCGCAAGCUGUCUCCAAUGGUACUUGUCUGCAGAGAGAGUAGGCUGGAAAUGUUGUGUAUAAAACUGUUAAUGUUAGCUUGUAAAUAGUCUUUGACAGUUCAUAUAAUUUGGCCCCUCCUUACCUUCCAAGCCUCACUGCAAAGGCAAAAGCAACAUUCAAUAGAAGGUUACUGUAUUAUCGUAGUAUUUAAAGAUUGGCAGCUGUGUUAUGGGAACCGAGUUACCGUGACAUCAUGACAAACAGAAGACAUGUUACUGAAGACAUACAUUAUCCAGUAUACAGACUCAGUUAAUGUAGGAUGGACAAUUAAGCAAUAAAUUGGUAGAAUGACGCAUCGCUAGUUUGAAACUGCUAUGUAUAGAUAUAUACCUGUAGUUAAUCUCAUAAUUUAUAUUUCUGGUUUAAUGCAGGAAGUAGGAUGCAUACAAAUAACAAAGGUUACUUUACAAGAUCCCUAUUCAUUGUUGAUUCCUCUGUAGUAGGCAGCUUUAAAGGAAAAAAGCUUAGUAAUUACAUUAAUGCACUUCAGCUGCUUUAAUUGUAUGGUCAGAACACGUUCAUUACUUGUCUGAUUUCUGUUACUUUGCUUUAUGAUGUUUUCAUUCCUGCCGGAUACUUAAUUAACAAGACACAACACUGUUGUAAUGCACCAACUGUGUUGUAAGUUACUGAAAGCUUUGACAAUAUUUAUUUUGAUAAGAUAAUGUAUGAUAUGUUAUACAACAUUUAUUUAAAGUUAAAUUGGAAAUAAAUGCAGUGUUCUACUGCUACAAAGAUGUAUUUGUAUGCAUAUUUUCUUGAAUUUUUAAAUAAAAUCUAUUUUGUCAAUUGUA